GAUGGGAUGUUGAUGCCCACUCUGGUCACCCUGUUUGUGGAGCCUCGUGGGUUCUACAUGUACUGGUCCACAGGCCCCAACCAGUCGACAUCUGUUUCAUCAGGGACACAAGAUCAGGGAAGUACGCCCGGCAGCCGAAGGAUCAGCGGUUGAAGAGCAUGCUGGAGAUCGUCAAGGAGAUCCCCCAGCACAGAAUGCUGACCAUCGUGUACGGCUCGGACAUGGUCAACGUCACGUUCCUCAACUUCCUGGCCCUGCAGGAYGAUAUGGCAUCGAUUUGGGCGAAUGAGCUCUUCACUAUUGCCACAAACAAACUUUCCCGCAAUGAAUCACGAUGCAACUACCUUUUCAAAGCGUACACCAAGCUAAAGGUUUUUGAGAAUACGGAAGGGAGUAUUAAUUUAAAGCAUUUUCACAAGAUUUUUGGUGAUAAAAGGCGGGUGGAGCACACGCUGGACAACUGUGAGCUCAUCCUCAACAAGACACAAGGAGUAAAAACACAGGAUUUCACAUUUGAAGCUUUUAAGAAAUUUGUCCAGAAUGUGAGUCGAAGGCCUGAAUUAGAUAAGAUCUUUGAAGAAUGCGGCUCCAAGGGGAAGCCCUUUAUCUCUUUGAACCAGUUCAUGGAGUUCAUCAACAACAAGCAGCGAGACCCCAGGCUGAACGAGGUUCUGUACCCGCCGCUGAAGAAAGACCAAGUUCGACAGAUCAUUGGGAAAUAUGAGACAGAUGCCAGCCGGCUGGAUAGAGACCAGAUCAGCAUGCAGGCCUUCAACAGUUAUCUGGAAGGAGAGGAAAACCUCAUCAUACCUCCAGAGAAGCUGGAYAUCAUCGACGACAUGAACCAGCCGCUGUCUCACUACUUCAUUAACUCCUCUCACAACACAUACCUCACAAUGGGUCAGCUAACAGGGCUGUCGUCAGUCGAGAUGUACCGGCAAGUUCUGCUGACCGGCUGCCGCUGCAUAGAGCUGGACUGCUGGAAAGGCAAAACUAACGAGGAGGAGCCGUACAUCACCCACGGUUACACCAUGACCACUGAGAUCUCCUUUAAGGAAGUCCUCGAAGCGAUAGCAGAGAGCGCGUUCAAGACUUCGCCAUACCCCGUCAUCCUGUCCUUUGAAAACCACGUCGAUUCCCCCAAACAGCAGGCCAAGAUGGCAGAAUACUGCAAAACCAUCUUUGGAAAUGCUCUGCUCAUUGACCCACUGGAGAGAUUUCCACUGAAGAACGAACAGCCGCUUCCCUCGCCGCAGGAUCUGCUGGGAAAGAUUCUCAUCAAGAACAAGAAGAAACAUAUACCUAAGAGCAAAGGUAGCAUACGGCGCAAAGAGGAACCGCAGUCAAGCAUCAACGGAGGUGAAGCAGAAAGCGAAGAAGAAGAGGAAUGUGAGUCGGUGACUGAGUCGAAGGGGUCCAACGACGACGAGGGUACAGCCAGAGAUGAGGUGGUGGCCACAGAAGAGAUGUCGAACCUCGUCAACUACGUCGAGCCUGUUAAAUUCAAGAGCUUUGCAGUGGCAGCCGAAAGGAAGAAGUACUAUGAGAUGUCAUCGUUUGUGGAAACCAAAGGCUUGGAACUCGUGAAGAGCUUUCCCAGUGAGUUUGUUGAGUACAAUAAGAACCAGAUGAGCCGAAUCUAUCCCAAAGGGACGAGGGUCGACAGCUCCAACUACAUGCCUCAGCUCUUCUGGAACGUUGGCUGCCAGAUGGUGGCGCUAAACUUUCAGACUCUUGAUCAGGCUAUGCAGCUGAACAUGGGRGUGUUUGAAUACAACGGGAACAGUGGCUACCUACUAAAGCCAGAGUUCAUGAGGAGGGCGGACAAACACUUUGACCCCUUCACAGACAACAUUGUGGAUGGAAUUGUUGCCAAYACGCUCAGGAUAAAGGUGAUCUCGGGUCAGUUCCUGACAGAGAAAAAGGCGGGUGGCGUWUACGUAGAGGUGGACAUGUUUGGACUGCCAGCUGACACAAGGAGGAAGUUCCGAACAAAAACAAUCAUGGGAAACGCAGUGGACCCUAUUUGGAACGAGGAGAUGUUUGUCUUCAACAAAGUGGUACUUCCCUCACUAGCCUCUUUGAGGAUUGCGGUGUUGGAGGACAACGGGAAGUUUGUUGGACACAGAAUCCUCCCCGUUACAGCCAUUAGACCCGGCUACCGCUAUAUCAGCUUAAAAAAUGAGCUAAACCAGCCACUUCUAUUGGCCUCCCUGUUGGUUUAUACAGAAGUCAUGGACUACAUUCCUAAUGAACACCAGGAAUAUGCUGAUGCUCUGACCAACCCCAUCAAACACAUCAGUGGGCUGUCAGAGAGAGAGAACCAGCUGGCUGCUCUCAUAGAGGACUUUAAUGUGGAGGAUAACAUCAACAUCCCUGAACCACACGGAGAGACUGUGGACUUUACAACGGAUCAACAGUCCUUCCCCUCACAAACACUUCCCUCCCCAGAGGAUUCUCCAGACAUCAUCAGGAUUCCUACACAAGUUCCAUCUCCUAGGGAUAAUUAUGUAGCGGCUGUCCURUCAGAAAUCAAGCCCAUCUCCCUGGAAGACCUGAGGAAUCACAAGAGUUACGAUAAGCUGAUAAAGAARCAAAGUAAAGACCUCAAGGAGCUGAAGAAAAAAAACCUGAAGAAGCUCCAGGGAGAGAGCCAGAAGAAAGAUAAAAACUUUAAACGUAGCAUCAAGAAAGGGGAGUCUCAGGAGUCGAGUGGCCAGAAGCUCCGGGAGCAGCAGAUGCAGGAACUUCUCAAACUUCGAGAGCAGCUUCACUCGGUAGAAAAAGAGAUGCAACAAGAACAACUCAACGAGAGCUUCAAGAAGUUAAAGGAGCUGAUGGGUGAAAGUCUGGCGGCUCAGGUGAAGAAGCUGAAGGAGAUAUGCGACAGAGAGAAGAAGGAGCUCCAGAAGAUCCUGGACAGGAAACGCCUGAACAGCAUCAGCGAAGCCAAAAUGAAAGACAAAGACAAGCCUGAAAUGGAUCUAGAGGAGAUCAACAGGAAGCAUAUAAUGGAUUCUGUCGCCUCGCUUCGCAAGCUGGAGGACGAGCAGAACCGGAGACAGGAGACCAUCAACCAGAAGCAGCAGGAGCUGCUGCAGUAUCUGGAYGAACUCUUUCCAAACGUGCUCAGGGCUCAGCUGGACCAGGAGAUAGAAGAGGAGCGUCAGGGUUUGCCUGAAGAGAUCUGCCGGCUCCUUCAGGUGGAUCCCCAGAACGACGCCUUCUUCUCGUCCAAUCAUAGCAGCCCCRGCUCGGGCCAGCCCUCCAACUGCUCCACGCCCAUUUCUCCAUCAACGCCUUACCGACACCAGAACAGCAGCACAGACAUCAGCAUGACGUCGACGACCCACUCCACCGCCUCCUUCCUGUCAGACGCAGACGCGUCGUUCGGGUCCUGAAGGACCAGAACGUGGGACUAGUCAUAAACUUUUACUAGUUUUAUGCCCCCCUUUUUUUUUAAGCGAACUCGUUUGUCCCUCGUCUACAAAGCUGUAUUUUUUAUUUUAACAUAUUUGUUGAAAAAAAUUCUUAAUCAUCUGUUUUUACUUUUUACAUUUUUUCUCCUGAUUUUAAUGUCCUACUUUUAAUUUUUAUGUCUUACUUUUCCUUCUUUUGUUGCAACAUUUCCAUCAUUUUUCGGCAGAGUUCUAAGCUCSGCUGCAGCUUUUCGUUAUCCGCGUCUCUUUUUGACUUUUCUGGAAGCUUUAAACAAAAAGGGUCGAAGGUUGUAAAUAUACAUAGCUUUUUAAUGCCUGCGUAUCUCAGAUACAAGAGGCAUAUUAAAACAAUUUUCCACUCUUUAAGAAAAAAAAUCUCAGAAAAGUAAAGUUUAACUGGAAAUGAGAGGAAGAGGUGCAGGAAUAAUGAAGUUUUAGAUGUAGUGUUAGAGGAUGGCCUGUAGGUGGUGCUGCAACAUUAACUUUUAGGUUUUUUAUUACAAAAAAACGAGCUGUUUGAGCUCAAUUUUCAGCAUCAUUGUUAAAAUUAAAGUCUCAAGGCUUUUUUUAAUCAUAGUCGAGUUUAUUUUUUUUAUAUGUGUCUAAACAGACAACUCUGUUUGGUUUAAUUCGUUAAAAUCUAACCAGUUUAAAACAGAGACGCUCAUAAAAAAAAUGUCCUUCUGCUUCAGGUGGACAUUAGUGGGACGCUCAGACUUACCSUACGGUUGUUUGACGACUCAAAACUGCACUAAGAUGCCAAACUGAGACUUGUUUUGUUUGUUUGUUUGUUUUUAUUGCUGCUUUAACUUCACUUUAGCCUCCAGAAUCCAUUUCUUUCGAUGUUUGUGAGGGGACAAGGAAAGUUUUAUAAACAUUUGUUUAUAGUUUAACUUUGCUUGUUCAGACAUUCGGCUCGGAGUGUUGGACGCUCCCGGGGAACCGGAUAUGGGAUGUGUGGGAACACAAACGUAUGUUAAAGUAAUAGUUCAGAUUCGUCAAAGUGGGGUUCUGUGGAGAGAAUAUGAACACUUAUUAUCUUACCUGUUGCAGGUAGCACUUUGAACCAACUCAGUCGCAGAAAUGUUGUAAUUCUGACCGGACUGACGAGGUGAGAGCUAGUCUGAAAGCCGACCGUGUCUCGACUUAAAUCAUUUGUAGKGACUCGUUCAAAUGCGGUUUUAUAAACAUUUACUUUAUUCAGGAAAUUGUAAAUCUGAACAGCAGCAGCUAGCUGUGGCUCUUCCUGCAUGAAUAUUAGAUUUCCCAAAAAGUUUUUUUAAAGCGAUAUGUGCUGGGUUUUUUCUCUCACUGCAGUUGAUUUCAAGUUAUAUAAGAAGUGUCCGAGAAGUGCUACAGCUAGCUGCAAAUGCUCAUAYAAUGUGAAAUUAACGUUGGUUUAAAGGUCGUAAAAUAACGUUUACAUGAAUUUAAAACCUUAGAGGCUGGAUCUACUUUAAUCUCAGUYCCACCCAGACUAACCGUUAGCUUGGUAGUAUGGUCAGAAUUAAAUUUUAUUUCUCCAGGGGGUUAUCUACAGCAGGUAAGAUAUUGACUGUUCAUAACACCUCCACAGGACCCCGCUUUAAUAAAUCUAAAUUGUUGCUUUAAUUUAAAUCUAUUUCUUCUGCUAAAGCUUCCAGUUCUGCUGUAUUGAAUGAGCUUUUCUCACAGCAGCUGUUUCUUUUUMCUGUUUGUCCACUUUGAAACAUGAUGGUACUUUGUGUAGAUAUUUUAUGUAUAUGUGCAGUUGUACAUGAAUUUUACUACUGAUGGAGGUACGUGAGGGCAAACUGGGCUGAGGGAAGAAACCAAACGAAGUUUAAUUUUAAUGCUUUGUCAAAAGGUCGUUUCUAGUUGAUUAUUUAGGGAUAAUUUUCCCUUCUCCCUGCUGUUAAUGAGCACUGGCUGCCUUUCUCAUUGAUGACAUAAAAUCAUGKUUUCUGUUCAAACUCAUUCAGAUUAAUGUUUUAUGGUUUUUGAAGUUCUUAAUAAUAGAAAAAAAAUCAGGUGGCCAAGUCUGCAGAAGAGUUUAGAUGAAUUUUAAAAGGAAGCUUUUGUUUCCCUGAAAUUCAUCACAUCUCUGUUUUCUUCAACUGGAUUUUUUUUAUUAGUUUUUAAUGUUUGUUUGUUUUAACCAGUUGGUUUUGGGAAAGCUGUAGGAAGAUUGUUUCAGAUCCUUCAAUCAGAAAAUACRUUGGUUCAUUGUACAAAUCAAAACCUUCGUGGUGAAUCCCAACACAUUCCUCCCUUUUCAGGUACUUUAAUUUUUUUUGUCUUUUUUCAUUGAAGAAACUAAACUUUUUUGUUGUUAAUCUUGUUAAAAUGCACUUUCCCCCAUCUGUUUUAAAUAUUUUGUGCUCCUGUGAUGCAGACUUCAAUACAACCACCUUCUAAUGA